UGUAUAAUUUUCCUUUCUUUAAUUAGGUUCCCUCGGUCAACGUAACUGUCGCGCCACAGAAGCUCGUUGUGUUCGACGCGCCGUCAUGGCCAAGAAGCGGGAUCGCCAAGCCGUCUCGAAUCGCCGGCAAAACCAAGCCGUCUCUUCUGAUCAGCACCGCAUCGUUGGUGAUUCCUCCUCCGACCGGAGGCUCAUCAUCAUUUUCGUUGUCUUCUUUGUCAUUUCUCCCGCCAUUGCCGUUCUCGUUUAUCACAAAUACACUUCAAGUGGUGACUUUUCUGGCGCAUCUGUAUACGAACGGGGCCUUAUCAAGACUGAUAUCCGCUAUCAAGAAAUCUUAGCUGAGCACUCGAAUGUCGCAGAAAAUGUCUCUCGCCGUCAUUAUGAUUAUCCUGUACUUGCUUAUAUUACUCCCUGGAACUCCAAGGGCUAUGAUAUGGCAAAAAAGUUCAAAUCCAAAUUUACACAUUUAUCACCGGUGUGGUAUGAUUUGAAGAGUCAUGGUUCUCGCUUAGUGUUGGAAGGAAGGCACAAUGCUGAUCAAGGAUGGAUCUCAGAGCUAAGACUGACUGGAGAUGCCCUGGUAUUGCCCAGAGUGGUUGUUGAAGCAUCUCCUACGGAUUUGCUUAGCAAGAAGAAGCUGAAGAACAAAGCUAUCGAUCUAAUUGUAACAGAAUGCAAGGAAAUGGGUUAUGAUGGUAUUGUGCUAGAAUCCUGGUCUAGAUGGGCUGCUUAUGGGAUAUUGCGUGACCCAGAUCUGAGGAAUUUGGCACUGCAAUUUGUCAAGCAGCUUGGAAAUGCCCUGCAUUUAGAGGUUGAGAGCAGGAGAUCUAAGCAACCGUUGCAACUUGUGUAUGUCAUUGGUCCACCGCGUACAGAGAACCUAGAAGAGCACGAUUUUGGGCCAGAAGAUAUGCAGAGCCUUAAUGGGGCUGUGGAUGGUUUCUCACUUAUGACCUAUGAUUACUCCGGUCCGCAUAACCCAGGCCCCAAUGCACCAGUGAAUUGGAUUCGUUCAACGUUACGGCUUGUACUUGGUAUCAAGCGCAAUAGCCCUGUUCAACACGAGGCUGGCAAGAUAUUUCUUGGAAUCAACUUCUACGGCUAUGAUUUCAGCCUUUCUGGAGGAGGUGGAGCCAUCACUGGAAGAGAUUAUCUAUCUUUGUUGGAGAAGUACAAACCUGUUCUGCAGUGGGAGGAUAUCAGUGCCGAACAUUUCUUCUUAUAUGCUGAUAACAAUCAAAACAAGCACGCAGUUUUUUAUCCAUCACUGAAAUCAGUGUUCACACGUCUUGAGGAAGCUCGAUCCUUGGGUACUGGCAUCUCCAUAUGGGAAAUCGGGCAAGGUUUGGAUUACUUUUUUGAUCUUCUGUGAAAAGUCUCAGAUUUGCAGCGUUUCUUAGCUGCUUUUGAGUGACCAUCGUGAAGUUUUGUUCACUUUUCCACCUUUAUGCUUCAAUUCAUUUAUGGCUGAUGCAAAACUAUAUCCAUAUUGGUUCUAUAUUCUUAAGGAGCUGAGUAGUGAGCCAAUGUGUGUAAGCUAAGACAGGAUCUUCAUCGGAUUCACCAGGGGGGGCCUGGGGUGUCCAGAAUCUCCUCUACUACCCACCAGAAAAAGGGAAAAUCAUUGACUAUGUUUGAUGUAACAAACGAUAUCCAUAAUGUUGAGAUGCUAGAAUGGCUUCCAAUGUCCUGGAACAAGUUGUUAGGAAUAAUUAAUAUUAUCAAUCGAAAGAUUUUUUUUUUCUUUUAGAGUAAGAGUCUAAUUCUAUUUGCUACCAUAUUGUAUUUUAGUGAGCUCAAUUACGAUCUUGAUUAAUAUUUUUCGAUAAAUAACAAACAUUUUAUACUGUCGUCUA